CAUAUUGAAUUAACUGUCAGUUGUCAACGCGCGGUCCUACCGCGCAUGCGUGAUUGUAGUUGUGGGACCUUAUUUUUUUAAACCAAACCAUGAAACUCCUCGCCAUUUUACUGCUGACUAUAGCAGCAGUGUCUGCGAUCCCCAGGAGUGCGACCAGACCACAGCCCGUCACCGCACACAUCACCUCUCUCAGUGACAAGGAUGCUAGGAGCAAGGCGAGAGUACACCCAGCUUUUGCUAAUGCGGGUCGAGUAGCUGGUGUUGAAGUGUGGAGAAUUCAAGAUUUCGAUCCCGUCGCAGUUUCUGCGGCUGACUUCGGAAAGUUUUACAAAGGAGACUCUUACAUAGUUUUGAGGACCACAGCAGACAAGCGCAACAACUUAUCCUGGAACAUUUACUACUGGAUCGGCAGCGAAUCAACCCAAGAUGAGUCUGGAGCCGCCGCCAUAUUGACAGUUGGUCUUGAUGACAAAUUCAACGGUGCUGCUAUCCAACACAGGGAAGUUUUAGGACAAGAGAGCCAAGACUUCAAAGCAUUGUUCCCGUCAGGCUUGCAGUAUUUGAGCGGUGGUCACGCAUCAGGCUUCAACCAUGUUGUCACGAACGCUGGCGCUGAAAAGAGGCUCAUCCAAGUAAAAGGCAAAAGAAAUAUUCGUACACGACAGGUAGACCCUUUGAUCUCCUCAAUGAACAAAGGAGAUUGUUUCAUCCUAGACAUUGGCAACGAAGUCUACCUCUACGUUGGAGAGAGCACCAGAAACAUGGAGAGACUGAAGGCAGUCUCUGUAGCCAACCAGAUCAGAGACCAGGACCAUAACGGAAGAGCUAGAUUGGAAAUCAUUGACCAAUACUCCAACGAUGUGGACACCCAGAAAUUCUUCACAGCACUUGGAUCAGGAGCUAAGGACUUGGUGCCAGAAGCAAGCGCUGGUGGAGACGACCAGGCUUUUGAGCGCAAUGAAGAGCAAUCAAUCGUACUCUCAGAAGUAUCUGAUUCUACAGGCAAAGUGAAGGUCACAGCUCUCUCCAAGCCGUACAGACAGGAACAACUGAAACCACAGGAAGCCUAUAUUUUGGACACAGUCACUGGAAGCAUCUACGUUUGGACUGGCAGACAAGCGACAGAGAGGGAAAAGACUGAAGCCAUGACUAAAGCUCAGCAGCUGUUGUCUUCGAAGAAUUACGCAUCUUGGGUCAAAGUAGUAAAGAUUCCCCAGGGUACUGAGCCAGCGAUCUUCAAACAGUACUUCGUCACCUGGAGAGACCUCGGCAUGUCACACACAAGAAUAGUAUAAUUUGUUAAUUGCCAAAUUAAAUGAAACAUACCAAAACCAACACUUUAAUCUAUAAAUAUUUAAAAUCAGCAUAUUAUUAAAGUAAUAUGUAUAACUAUGCAUGUAAUUUAGUCAUCAUUUUUACAUAAUAUUGUCAUCUUUACACAGCGAUCCUAAGGCAUUUUUUUUUAUUAAUUGUAAAGAAAAAUAAAAAAUAAACUGGAACAAUGGAAACAAAAGAAAUAAUUAUGGAAUAAUAUCAAAAUGUUACCGAAUACCGCAUGGCACUGUUUAAUCUUCUUAUAAUGUAGUACACCGCCAUCUAUUGUAAUAUAUGAUAACAAAAUCUUCGUAUAAGAAAAGGUGCUGCCAUCUAGUGAUGAAUAUCUAGUAAUAUUAUGCUGAUUUUGUACGUCAAACAAUAAAUAAAAUAUGAUUUUAAUAAAAAUGAAUACUCAUAAUAUACAAUUGAAACAAUAUUAAAUU